AUGGAGGCGGCGGAGGGACCCCACGCCUCCGACUCGUCCGCCUCCCCUAUCGGCGUCGACGCCCCCGCCUCCAACCCGGUUGUCGCCGCCGGCGCGAGGAAGCGGAAGGCCCCGGCAGCGACUACGAGGAAGCCUCGGAAGCAGCAGGCUCAAGAACCCAUUCAGAUCCCUGUAUACUACGGACAAAGAGAAGAGUUUUAUUGCGUGAAAGGCGAUGAUUUAGUUGAUUGUUCAUACAUUUCUCCUAGAGCAAAAGAUUGUGCACAUGUAAUCGGCCAACUACCGCCGCAGCCGCAGUCGAUGUCGUUGGUGGAUCUACAGCUCUGGAUCUUUAAGCUGUUCCGGCUCCAUCCAGAAACACAAGAUCUCUCUAUUAAGGGGUUCAUCAAACAGCGCAAAACUGACUUGUUGGACGACUUCGAACCUGACUGGUAUAUGGAGUACUGCCCUUGGGACACAUGUUACUUUCAAACUGACAAGUGCUGGAGUGCCUUUGCCAAUAAAUUAAAGCGGAAAAGGAAUGUGAUGCAAAAGUUCAUGCUGUAUGCAGAAUGCUCUGAGAUCAAGCAUUAUGCUAUUUUGCUCAAAGCCGUGCAUGAUGAUUACUCUCAGUUGGCAAGGGUUGUGUUUCCUGGGACAAAAUGCCUGACAACUUCUAACUUCCGCUUCCUCCGCCUAGUGGAAGACCUGUCAAUGACACCUAAGGAAAUUAUAGCUUAUCUCGCUAAACACUAUGGCGAGCAGAUGAGCCCCCCUGAGGCGUGGAGGGCAAGGCAGAAGGCUCUGGAGCGUGAGUAUGGUACAUUUUACGAUUCACACAACUUUGCGCCGAGGUUACUUAAGGAUAUAACAUGUAAAACCCCUUGGGGUUUUGUAGACAUCAAGGAUGCAGAGGUUGCAGGAUGUAACAACUUUCGAGUACUCCACCGUAUAUUUUGGGCUUUUGGGCAGUGUGUGCCGGCUUUCAAUCAUUGUCGCCCUGUGCUAUGCAUUAAAGGCACACCACUAUGCGGGAAAUAUCAAGAGGUGUUGUUGACUGCUGUAGCAUUAGAUGCUAAUGGUUACUCCAUUCCAGUAGCAUGUGCCGUCGUUGAGGGGGAGACCAAGGAAAGCUGGAUGUGGUUUCUUAGGAAUUUGGAGCAAGCAGUGAGGCAUCCAUCGGAUGUUUGCAUUGUACAUGACUACAAAAGAGAGUUGAUCGAUGCUAUAGAGGACUUUCUAAGUUCCGAUCAGCAACAAUGGGGGAAAGUAGAAAGCCGGUGGUGCAUGGAACACCUUGCCGAAGACUUCUUUGCAUAUUUUGGCGACAAGAACCUGGGUUGCUGUUCAAGAAACUUUGUCAGCAGAGGCGACUAA